AUGGGACUUUUGUUUCUGUUUUUGUUGGGUGCUGCUUGGGCUUGUGAUUCAAGAGAGCUAGGAAACUCUGGUGAAGUAAACAGAAAAUCAGAUGUCUGUGAACUUUGUGAGGAAUAUACUGCUGAGGCACUUAAUUACUUAAAUGAUAAAGAGAACCAGAGAGAGAUUAUUGAUUCACUUCACAAUAAAUGUUAUCAAAUGCUCUCUUUUGAACAGCAGUGCAUUGAAUUGGUGGAUUAUUAUGCCCUACGUUUCUUCUCCGAAAUCGCAUCAGUUCUUCCUAGAGAACUCUGCAAACAGGCCCACCUCUGCCAAUCUGCAAACAUUUCUUCACAAGUUCAAGGAAAUACCUGUGAAUCUUGCAAAGAUACUGUUUCAGUCAUACUGGUUAAGUUGAAUGAUCCUGACACCAAGCUUGAGAUAAUCGAGGCACUGUUGAAGGCAUGCAAUUCUAUGGAUAAGUUGGCCAAGAAGUGCAAGAGGAUGGUUUUUCAGUAUGGACCUGUGAUGAUUCUCAAAGCAGAGAAGUUCCUGCAAACAACAGAUGUAUGCACUACAGUACAUGUCUGCCCAGCUUCCACUGCAGUAAGCAACAAGGAAGCUUCAAUCAUGGAAGAAGUACCUUUGAUUUCUGACUCUUAA